CUGAUCGGCGUACACGUUAUUAAGUUUUGCUCAUUACCGAGAGAGUGCGGUCUCGAGCUUCGUCAUUACUUCGUUCACAUCAGAUUUUGCACUAAUUACGUGCUUUGUCAAGAAUCAUUUCAUUGAUUAGAAAAAUUCUACGUCGAUUGCAUUUCCACAUCAAACCGCUAUUCAGAUCGAUUACGGUGACGAACUAUAAAAUGAUAGCUGAUAAAAAUGCAUUUGAUGUUGAAAUGGUUACUCCUGAUGAUGAUGAUUCUACAUUUAACAAUAUGUCCACAAGUUCAGGUCAAACUUCGGGCACUCAACUUCUAGACGCUUCCAUUGAGGAUGUUCGUAAUAAGAAGAACACUAUGGACUCAAAGAUUGAUUGGGUUAUCAGCCUAAUAAACAAAGUGGAAUAUGAAGAAAAAGCUGCAGAACAAGCAAAACAUGAAGCUGAUCACAGUUGCUCAGAUAUUAUGUUAAAGGUGCAUGAACUUACGGAUAGGCAGCAAUGUGUAAAGAAGAAAAAUGACAUGCUUGCUAGAGAAGCUUAUGUACAUAAGAAACUUUUAUCUACUAAAAUGGAGUCGCUUCAGCUUCAUGUGACAAGUUUAUUGGAUAAAGGAGAUAGAUCUCUUGAAUUACUUGAUAAGAUGAGUAGAUCCUUGGAGGUAAGAUUGACUUCGGCAAUAAUGAAAAAGAAGUCGGCAAUAAAAAAGAAGCAAGGAAACGAAGCAUUUGCUAGAGCGGCACUUGUACAAGCAGAAACUCGGAUGGCAAAGGUGGAAGAAGAGUCCAAUAGACUGAAACAAGAAGCAGUGGAGAUUUCCAAGUUGCAGGAGUUCCUCAUAGAUCGCGGUCAUUUAGUCACUUUGUUACAUGGAGAAAUAUCUGUUAAGUGUCAGGAUGUGAAACAGCUAAAAGAGGAACUGGACCAGCUGGUGCUGCCAGGUGGAAAAACGUCAUCUAGCAAAAUAUCGUCUGUUUUAGCUUCUUCAAGUUCCUCUUUAGUGUCUUCUAUACAGCCUGAGCCAGCUGAUUCGGAAAAGGGCUCAAGUUCUGGGACAGAUAUUACUAGAAGUAUCAAGAAAGUGAAGAUAAAAGGCAAACUGCAUGGAUUUCAGGUGAAGAUAAAACGAAAACUAUAUGGAAAUCAAACGUUUGCUAAAUGUAUUAAGAAAGUGAAAUUAAAAGGCAAACUACAUGGAAAUGAAAUGUUUGCUAAAAGUAUCAAGAAAAUGAAGAUAAAAAGCAAACUGCAUGGAAAUCAGAUAUGUGCUAAAAGUAUCAAGAAACCGAAGAUAAAAGGCAAACGACAUGGAAGUCAUGUGGGCGCUAAAAGUAUCAAGAAAUUGAAGAUAAAAGGCAAACGAGAUGGACGCCAAGUGUGUGCUAGAAGUAUCAAGAACUUGAAGAUACAAGGCAAACGGCAUAGAAGUCAAAUUUGUGCUAAAAGUAUCAAGAAAGUGAAGAUAAAAAUCGAACUGCAUAGAAACCAACUAUGUCCCAAAAGUGCCGAGAAAUUAAAGAUAAGAGGGAAACAGCAAGGAUAUCAAAUGUGUGCUAAAAGUAUCAAGAAAGUGAAGAUAAAUGGGAAGCAGCAAAGAUGUCAAAUUUGUGUUAAUAGUAUCAAGAAAGUGAAGAUAAAAGGUCUGCAAGUGGUAUAAAAAAGGAUGGCAGCUGCAGAUCACAAAGACUAAGUCUGAUGGUUCCAGAGCGCCAACAGUACUGAAACAUACAUUCCAAUGGUCGAGGGGUCAUAUCUGUCUUCACAAAGAGAUGAAUAAGUUGAUUUUUUGACAUAUGAUCCACAAAAAGUAUGACACCUAUACAUUCACAUUAAUGAUCGUUCAAACAAUUAUCGGUGGAAAACGAUGUUGACUCGUAUGUGGACAGAUACCACCCAUUUUGGUGCAUGUGCGACUUAACUAUGUAGAAAAAACAACUCCUUGCACAUUUUGUGUAUGAAUGAAAGAGUUUGUCAUUCCAUU